AUGGCUCUAGCCAGCGGUCACUGGGUGGAAAAGGAGACGAGGGGAGAGGCACCGAGUCCCAGACACGGCCAUGCAGUGGCGGUGGCAGGAAACGUGGCGUUUGUGUUUGGAGGAGCUUCAGACUCCAACCAGCAGGAGAACGUUUACCUCAACGACUUCUACAUGCUGACAGUUUCUGCUGACGCCGCCACGUGGGAGGAGAUUCCUCAAGGCGGACACGUUCCCUCGGCCAGGGAAGGACACACUCUCUGGGUGGUGAAGGGGAGGCUCUUCCUGUUCGGAGGAGCGUCCGAGCCCAACGCCACCGAGUGCCUGCCCGGAGUUUACUGCUUCGAUAUCGUGUCUCUGACCUGGGAUCGCCUAGCAACAGGGGGCGUGGCCCUCAGGACCCUCAGACACAGCUCUGUUGCCGUGGGCGACAACAUCUACGUGUACGGGGGGAUUGUGGGCGGGUCUCCAGCCGACGACCUGAUGGUCUUCAACACAGUGUCUCUGGCCUGGACGCCGGUCAGGACGAUGGGAACGCCGCCGUGUGCACGGUACGACCAGACCUUUGCUCUGGUUGGUGAUCAGGUCUUCAUGUUCGGAGGCCGUGGAGCAGAUGGAGAAUUCUAUAAAGAUCUCCAUGUUCUGAACACAGAUCAUCUGGUCUGGCAGAAAUGUGAAGUGAAGGGAGAGUCGCCUCCGUCCUGCAGAGGACAGACCCUGAGCGCACACCACGACAAGGACAUUUAUCUGUUUGGUGGAAAAAACAUGAAUGAGGACGGAACCAUCACUUCAUCCAAUGAAAUCCACAAACUCAGUAUUGCUAAGAUGAAGUGGAAGGUUCCUCUGUACGUUGGGAUUCCUCCGGCUCGCCGACACGGACACACGGCCUUCAUCCUGCACAGCCACCUGUAUGUGUUUGGAGGGAGGAACGAGGAGCAGGAGUUUAAUGACCUGAAGGUGAUGAAACUGAUCAACCCGUCUGAGAGACAGCCAGUGAUGAAGGAGAUCCUGUCUGAGUUUGGCCUUCAGGGAGUCAGCCACGGCUUCGCCCCGACGAAGGUUCCCAACGUGAAGUACGACCUGAGCGACUUCAGCCCGACCCGCCGGGACAGGAACCCCGCUGCCCACACACAGGUGACUGUGCAGCGGGACUUCAGUGUGAUCCGGGAUCAGGCCCUGAAGAUGAUCCAGGCUGCGUUCGCUCUGCUGGAGCAGGAGGUGCAGAAGCUGGACAGAGAGAAGAGCGAGCUGCGACAGGCUGCCGACGCCGUGCAGAGAGAGAGAGACGAGCUGCAGGCCCACAGACAGCACCUGGAGCAGGAGCUGCAGGAGAUGCUGGACAGACAUCGCUCUCAGAACGAGGCUUGGCUCCGAGCGAGAGCCGAGGAGAACGACCGAGAGAGGAGGGAGCUGUGCAGACUGAGGGAGGAGGUGCUGCAGGAGCAGGAGCGGCUGCGGGAGGAGCAGAGCAGCGUUCAGAAACGCAGCGAGCAGCUGCUGUCCAUCAUGCAGCAGUUCAAAGGAAUGUGACAGCCAGCAGGCCCCGCCCACCUCAGCACAGCACCCAAUCACAACGAAGCACUUCUCAUUUACUUAAGGCUCAAUUAAGCCUUUGACACCUGGAUCAGAAAUCAUUUUAAAUGUAAAACUACCACAAGAAAACGACCUGGAAAUCAACAAUUAAGGAAUUAUCUAGAUAAUGAGCUGAAAAAUUAUAAAACUGGGGAAAAUUUCCAUAAAACUAUAUUCAUAAUUAUUACAGGUAGGUAGGUCAUUUAUAAGCCUGACAUGACUCUAGAAACAGAACAGAACAAGAGCCGUAACAAGAGGAGAACUAAUAUAAUCCAUAAGUAAUAUAAUAUCUGGUUUUAGUCCAGAUUCUGUCCAGACCGAUUUUAGAACGGCAAAAACCUGUGAAAUGUGAUUUUUGCAAAUGAGAUGUAAAUCAGAUGUGGAGGAGGUUUGACAUGUGACUCCAGUCAGAUUUCUGCAGAUGUGUCUCGGUCCGUCCUGUCCGUCCUGUCUGUCCUGUCUCUGGCUGAGGAGGCAGGUUCCCUCCGUCUGAGCCUUCAGCUGGCGGCUCUGUGAAACGUUUCAAACGCACCGGCUCGGGUCUCAAAGUGA